UGGAAACAGAAAUCAGAAGAAAAUAAAUGAUCUAUCUUUGAUUCCAUUACUCCAGUCUGUAAAAUGAAGUGCUCUAACUAAUCCUUAGAUCCGCUCUUCUCUUUUCUUUUUUCUUUUUUCUUGAUCCCUUUGUUCAUUUCUGUUGUAAAAGUAAGAAAUGUUGAAGUUGUGGAAAUUUUAUCAAACUUGUUUGGCAAUCCACCCACUGAAGACGCAGGUUGUGAGCUCGGGCUUGAUUUGGGGGUUUGGUGAUAUAGCUGCUCAAACCAUUACUCACUCAACCGCCAAGAAACACCAUCAUCUUCAGGAAAAGGAUAAAAAUUUAAAGAUUAAUUGGAAACGAGUUGCUACUACAAGCUUGUUCGGGUUUGGAUUUGUUGGACCAGUUGGUCAUUACUGGUACGAAGGUUUGGACCGAUGCAUAAGGUUGCGACUUCGCUUACGGCCAAAUUCUUUCCGUUUCGUGGGUACUAAAGUCGCAGUCGAUGGUUUUAUGUUUGGGCCAUUGGAUUUACUUGUAUUUUUCACUUACAUGGGAUUUUCUGCUGGAAAGAGUAUUCCCCAAAUCAAAGAAGAUGUAAAAAGAGAUUUUGUCCCGGCAUUCAUUCUGGAAGGAGGGCUAUGGCCGAUUGUUCAGGUUGCAAAUUUUCGAUACAUACCAGUGAGAUACCAACUUCUGUAUGUCAACUUAUUUUGCUUGUUGGAUAGUUGUUUCUUGUCGUGGGUUGAGCAACAAGAGGAUGCUCCAUGGAAGCAAUGGUUGAAUUCUUUGAUACCUUCCAGGGAGAAAAAGGAUGAAGGUGGAUGACUUUAUUGAUGUUUUGAUAUAUUGAAGAACCUGUUGGCAUCAU